AUACAAAAGCAAGCUGAAAUAACCAUGUCCUUUUUAUUUUUAUAAACUUGUAUCAAAUUCUUUGCAUCAGAGAUAAUUUUAAUUGGUAAAUCCGGUAUUUAAAGAAAAUGACUGCUAUUUCACUCCUUUUAAUUCAAUGUCCAAUACAACAGACAAUAUCAUACCCAUUAAUUCUAAAGAAGAUUCAGUCUCCUUCUUUAAAAAGAGAUCAACGAAUAAAAAUAUUCGUAAACGUAAAGCACCAAUGAAAACUCGCAGUGAUUCUGAUGACGACGACGACGAUGAUGAUGAAGAGGAUGAAGUUGUAUCUGAAGUUGUCACAAAAGAACGUAAAACAGGUUUAAAUCCAUUUGUUCAAAGUACUCGCAAGAGACGUUCAAAGAAAAAUGAAGAUGAUGAAAGUGAAGAAGAGGAAGAUUUAGUUGGCGUUCAAUAUGCUGCUGAUCGAUCUACAAACAUAAAAAAGAGUGAUGCUACACGAUAUGACACUGAAUGGGAACUUGAAAAGAAUGAAUUAGAUAAACGAAAUAAAACGGAUGAACCUAAAAAGAAUGUUCUUAAUUCUAAAAUGUCGAUUGGACCUCAACGUGCACCUGCUAAUCUUCGAGUAACAGCUAGAUUUGAUUAUCAACCAGAUAUUUGUAAAGAUUAUAAAGAAACUGGUUUUUGUGGUUAUGGAGAUACUUGUAUUUUCUUACAUGACCGUGGUGAUUACAAGACAGGCUGGCAAUUAGAAAAAGAAUGGGAAGAAGCACAAAAGAAUAAAAGUCAUUUUGGAGCAAGUGAUCCAACUAAAUAUGUCAUUUCAGAUGAUGAUGAUGAUUCCGAUGAUGAAUUACCAUUUGCUUGCCUAAUUUGUCGACAGGAAUUUGUAGACCCUGUCGUGACUCGUUGUGAGCAUUACUUUUGUGAAUCUUGUGCUUUAAAAAAUUAUAAAAAAUCACCCAAGUGUUUUGCCUGUGGUGCGCCUACACAAGGGGUAUUUAAUACAGCCAAGAAAUUAAUUGCAAAAUUAGAAGAAAAAAAGAAGCGUAUAGCAGAAGGAAAAGAAAGCGAUAUUGAAGAAGAUGAUGGAUUUAUUGAAGGUUUAGAGACAAGGAAUGAUGAUACUGAAGAAGAAGAAGAAUAAUACACAGCAUAAAAUGAUGUGAACACGUAAAGCUUCACCAAAGAUAUUUUAAAUCACAAGGAUUAUAAUACCAUAUUAUCAUCAUCUACAACAAGAAUAACCUAAAAAAUUUCUGAUUUUAUAUAAAUAUUGCUAAUUUUCCUUUCUUUUUUAUUUUAUUUUCCUUUUUAUUCUAUUUUAUUAUUUUUUAC